AUGGUGAAGCUCCGCUUAAUGUGCGCAAUUGUUGGCGAGAGGUCGGCGUUCGAGGUAGAGGUUGACGACGGUGACAGCGUGUGCAAGAUGAAGGAUAAGGUCAGAGAGCAGAACGCGAACAAGUUGGAGUAUGUUGACGCACCGGACCUGCAGCUCUUUCUGGCGAGG